GACUCGAAGUGGACUUCCGGGUCACGGCGGAGCGGGCUCUCACGUGGAGGCGGGGAAAUUUCUCCCACCGGUGAGUGGUAGGGCGCGUUGCAGGCGGGCCGGCGCGGGGUCUGGAGAUCGCACCAGAGGAAGUGCGCGGCGGGGAAGAUGGGGAAAUGCGGUCCACCCACAUCCCUGAAUCCGAACCCUCCAGUCGGUGUGCGCCCGCUCCGGCCUGAGGCCGCCGCCUCCAGAAAGUUUUCCCGCCUCAGAGCCGGCCCUGGGACCACACUUAAUCCCUCCCAGUCUGUUGAUGCGGAGGCUUGGGCGCAUGGGAGCCUUGGAGGAAUGAUCACCAAGACACACAAAGUAGACCCUGGGCUCCCAGAGAAGAAAAAGAAGAAGAAAGUGGUCAAAGAACCAGAGACUCGAUACUCAGUUUUAAACAAUGAUGAUUACUUCGCUGAUGUUUCUCUUUUAAAAGCCACAUCCCCCUCUAAGAGUGUGGCCCAGGGGCAGCCACCUGAGAUGCCUCUAGUGAAGAAAAAGAAGAAGAAAAAGAAGGGUGUCAGCACCCUUUGCGAGGAGCAUGUAGAACCUGAGACCACGCUGCCUGCCAGACGGACAGAGAAGUCACCCAGCCUCAGGAAGCAGGUGCUUGGCCACUUGGAGUUCCUCGGUGGGGAAAAGAAAAAUAAGAAGUCACCUUUAGCCAUGUCUCAUGCCUCUGGGGUGAAAACCUCCCCAGACCCUAGACAGGGUGAGGAGGAAACCAGAGUUGGCAAGAAGCUCAAAAAACACAAGAAGGAAAAAAAGGGGGCCCAGGACCCCACAGCCUUCUCAGUCCAGGACCCUUGGUUCUGUGAGGCCAGGGAGGCCAGGGAUGUUGGGGACGCUUGCUCAGUGGGGAAGAAGGAUGAGGAACAGGCAGCCUUGGGGCAGAAACGAAAGCGGAAGAGCCCCAGAGAACACAAUGGGAAGGUGAAGAAGAAAAAAAAAAUCCACCAUGAGGGAGAUGCCCUCCCAGGCCACUCCAAGCCCUCCAGGUCCAUGGAGAGCAGCCCUAGGAAAGGAAGUAAAAAGAAGCCAGUCAAAGUUGAGGCUCCGGAAUACAUCCCCGUAAGUGAUGACCCUAAGGCCUCCGCAAAGAAAAAGAUGAAGUCCAAAAAGAAGGUAGAGCAGCCAGUCAUCGAGGAGCCAGCUCUGAAACGGAAGAAAAAGAAGAAGACGAAAGAGAGUGGGGUAGCAGGAGACCCCUGGAAGGAGGAAACAGACACAGACUUAGAGGUGGUGUUGGAAAAAAAAGGCAACAUGGAUGAGGCGCACAUAGACCAGGUGAGGCGAAAGGCCUUGCAAGAAGAGAUCGAUCGCGAGUCAGGCAAAACGGAAGCUUCUGAAACCAGGAAGUGGACGGGAACCCAGUUUGGCCAGUGGGAUACUGCUGGUUUUGAGAACGAGGACCAGAAACUGAAAUUUCUCAGACUUAUGGGUGGCUUCAAAAACCUGUCCCCUUCGUUCAGCCGCCCCGCCAGCACGAUUGCAAGGCCCAACAUGGCCCUCGGCAAGAAGGCGGCUGACAGCCUGCAGCAGAAUCUGCAGCGGGACUACGACCGGGCCAUGAGCUGGAAGUACAGCCGGGGAGCCGGCCUCGGCUUCUCCACCGCCCCCAACAAGAUCUUUUACAUUGACAGGAACGCUUCCAAGUCAGUCAAGCUGGAAGAUUAAACUCUAGAGUUUUGUCCCCUCAAAACUGCCACAAUUGCUUUGAUUAUUCCAUUUAUGCUGGAGAUUACAAAUUUUUUUUGUGAAAAAAUCAGAUCUUGGUGAUGACCUCGAGCAGUAAGAUAUAAGUAACUUCCAUAAGCUUAGCGUUCCAGUAAUGGAACACUAGGCAUAAAUGGUUUAUUCAGUUGUGCAAAUGAAAGCCAUCUGACAGUUGGCUCACAUUGAACACCUGUGGAGAUUAAGGACAAGGACAACUAUAUUGAUGGGCUUGGAUGAACUGGGGCGGGGCAGCUCAUAUUUCGGGAGCCAGGAGAACGAGUGAGUGCUAAAACCUCCUGUUUUCUGUGUUAAACAUUCCGUCCCUGUUUGAGACAUCAGUAUGUACAGUUAACCUUUGUUGAGUGUUUAGCAGGUGCUAGGGACAUACUAGUGUUUUCCUUAAUGUAUUUAAUCUUCAUAAUUAUGAAAUGGGUGCUAUUAUUAGCCCCAUCUUAUAGAUGAGGCAACUGAGGUUCAGGGAUAAAGUAAUAAAAUUGCUUGGGGUCACCCAGCCACUAAA